CGGUCCAGUGAGUCUCGUGCUGGCCGCGGCAGCGCACGCUCGGCUUUGGCGCUGCUGGCCUCAGCGAGCCAGCGGCUGGCUGCAGCGUCUCGCGGAAACGGGCCUGUGCGCGCCUGCGCGCUCUUCCGUCAUCUGUCCGUUGCUAGUAGAUCCGAGUGAGCAUCUCGACAACUCCGCGCCAGUGUGUUAGCUAGCUUUCUUAAGUGCCGCUUCGACGCGCACUUUUCGUUUUCGCUCUGCUUUCUCCCCGCUGCUAGAGAGCGAAGAAAUUUACUGCUUGUUCCUCCCUGCGACCGCGACUGGAAGAACCGACGGUGAGAAAGCGCCGCUGCGUUGGCUGGAGCCGCGCUGCGACUUUAGGCUCCCGUUUCGAACUGUGGUGACUGUCGAGUAGUAGCGGCAAGAAGCGGCCGAACUUUUGACUGCUAGUUGGGCCUGAGUCAAAAGCGUUUUUUCUCUCUGUCGUCGUUGCAACCAUCGUCAGCUGCUUUUUUCUGCGACAAUUUCGAAGCUCGCUCACCGCUGCGAACAUGGGAAAGAGGAACAGCAAGCUGAAGGCGGAACGCCUUUUCAAGCUGGUCAACGAGACAUACUUUUCCGAGAAAGAAGUCAAACAGUGGUACAAGGGAUUUCUUAAGGAUUGUCCAAAUGGCCAACUCACAGAACAGGGUUUUCUGAGGAUAUACAAGCAAUUCUUUCCUCAAGGUGAUCCCUCGAAGUUUGCAUCGCUGGUUUUUCGGGUUUUCGACGAGAACAAGGACGGCUCAAUCGAGUUCGAGGAGUUUAUUCGUGCACUUUCGGUGACUUCACGAGGCAGUCUCGACGAGAAGCUAGUCUGGGCCUUCAAACUAUACGACGUCGACAACGAUGGAUUCAUCACAAGAGACGAGAUGUACAACAUCGUAGAUGCCAUCUAUCAGAUGCUGGGAAACCAGACGAAAGAAGCCGAACAAGAGGAAUCCCCCCAGGAAAGAGUUGACAAGAUAUUCGACCAACUAGACAAAAACCACGACAACCGGCUGACGCUGGAGGAGUUUCGCGAGGGCUCCAAGCAGGAUCCGAAGAUUGUGCAAGCGCUAUCUCUUUACGCUCCUUGACACAACCUCACAGCCAGUCAGUCCAUGCUGGUCCAGCCUCCCACGUUCGAGCUCAACUACUCCCACAUCCCGCCCAUCUACUGAACACCUUUCAUUUAUGAAGUCCGUGCUCUCGCUCUCGCUCUCUUUUUAAGCUUCUGUCGUGUUCUGUGUCUCCUUCUCGAUUCUGCACUUGUAUUCUCUCUCUCUCUCUCUCUCUCUCUCUCUCUCUCUCUCUAUAUAUAUAUAUAUAUAUAUAUAUAUAUAUAUAUAUAUAUAUAUAAUAUGUUUUGCAUGCGUUAAAACUUUCAAAAGUAAGUGAUACAGCGUGCUGGAAGGACAUAUAGUGUUAGUUGGUUUCGCUGCUGCGCCAGCAGGGUCUUUGAGUUCUGCAGCAGAAAACUUAAACACGGUGCUAGUCACCAUUAAGUCUGUCUGUGUUUUCUAAUCUGUUUUUUUUUUUUUUACCUUUCAACACAAAUAUCAUCGAACUCGCAAGGCGAGGAAGAUAUGGCUGUCACGGUCAGCACUCGGAAUAACUAUUUAUUCUGCCUUAUUUCUCAUAUUCAGUGUGUGACAACUUGCGUAUAAAAAUAGGCACAAAAUGAGAUAGAGCUGAGCCGUGGCGUGCGCAACGAUCCUAAUUGCAUGCCGGUUUUGCUGCACGAGUGUCUUUCAAGUAUUCUGAGGAGUGCGAGUAAGUAAUACCAGUGUUCGUGCCACGUUUUCGUGAUUCGUCUUUCAUCAAUUGCGAUAGCUAAACCUGAUUCACCCGAUCUUGUACUGGUAGGCACUGUCUCAGUACGCUGAUGCGUUCUUGUAGAAUCGAUGAUUCAUGAAGACUUGUGUGGCCUAUGAGUAGCGAUUGAGAUCAUCAAAAGCAAACAAGUAAACAAGAAAGGCCCUUUAAUUUCUGGUCUACCUGAGUUGUCAUCUCUUGUUUCCAUAAAAAAAAAAGCGGGAAACAAUAUGGAUGCUGGCCGUCUGAUCCUUCCGGCACGCUGUAUCCAGAAACUCUUCUUGCGCGCAUUUUGACGUUCAGUUUUUCUGCCCCGUGACACCAUUGAAUCUGCUUUCGAUGGCUUCCACCACGUAGUUUGCUGUGUAGAGAGUCACUCACCAAUUCUCAUACGCCUCGCAAACGGGCGCUCUCUUUCAGGGUAAAUGCAUUAUGGAGCGGUUCACCUUGUCAAGCUGAAGCUAUGUUUUUGAAACCAUAGGCUAUACCUUGCGGCGCACUGAGACACUGCAGGUGUCCUGCGGUUUUUAAGCGAAGAAAACUAGGGGGAAUCUAUGCAUUUUUUUCAUGAUUCUCGGAGCAGCUUCACUUCCUCUCUCUCGCUCUACAAGACGUGCCAACCAGCUCCGUAGACGAUUUUGCUAAUCCAUCGUUACCAUGACUGUCACUCCGGUAGCGCCUGUGUCCCUCCGGAAAUCACACGUGGCACGCACCUAAGGUGCGACCGCUCCCGUUUUUUCCACACCACUGUAUUUAACUCGCAGGCGUCGACUCGCGGCACGCUGCUCCCAUUCCAUAGCUGACAAUCAUGCGACGCCAAAAAAAAAAAAAAACUCUCAGGCCCCCUGAGACGAUCCCCGUAACAACUACCGACGGUAACAUUUGUACCUAGACUAGCGGAGACAGAAAUGAUCUUACCUUUCGUCGCAUCGGGCGCUCUUUCAUGGUGAACGCUGAACGGCACAAAUCGCUGACGUCAUUACCCUGUGCGCCUCUCCCAGUUCCUAUAAUUCCUAUAAUGGUAUGCAUAAAUAACUUCAGUGUUGCACUUAGAACCUUCCAGUAUUUCUCGAAAAUUAUGUCUCCGUGUGUUUCUUUCUCUUCUUUUUUCUUUUGUGCUGUUGCGAUCUUUCACGCAUGUUUUCUUUGUGCCAUCACCAUCAUCACAUAUUCCGCGUAGCGCGAACUCUCUUUUCACGGGGCUAGGACCGGCGUUUUCGACAACAGUGGACCAAUGACAGACAAACAAACAAAACACCUGUUUUUUCUGCGCCGCUCGAAGCGGGCACAUACCUUAAUGACUGACUGGCUGUUGAAGUGACAGUGUAAAGCUGCUAGCCGGAGAGAUGAUGAUCUAUAAACACUCUGACCAGACCCAACCGCGCGGCUGGAUCGCGCGCACACACACGUGCGUUGUGGGCGGGGGGAAGCGGGUCGUGUUUCUGCGUAGCCACGAGGCGACGCAUUAAAAAAAAAAAAAAAAAGCCAAUCAAACACCCACCAGACUUCUGUACUCUCCGUCUCCCCUCCCUCGUGUUGCACGAGACACCUUCGUUUCGUUGUCGUUGCUCUCCACGGAGAGACUGAUGAGAGCUGUACAUAGAACGCGCGCGCGCACACACACACACAAACUGUACCACGUACCGCACACAUGCCGCACUCGCGGCGAAACCAACUCCCGUCGGCAGAUUGACCUGCACCGAGAGGUUGCGUGUAUUAACUGCGGCUGCUCCGCACGCUCACACGGGCCGCCGAGCCUCAGCGUGACCCAGGAGAUUACACCCGACAACAAUUUCUGCCUGUCGACUUUGUAUACAUCCUUGCGCAGCGUCGUCGUCCUUUCUGUGGGGGUCACGUGGUGGCGACUGUUUUUUUUUUUUUAUUGAUGAUCUUAUGCCACCCUGUACUUGUCCGAGGAGUGUUGUUGCGGUCGUUGCCAACGUUGCGCAGCUGUACGCUGUUGCGGUUUGGCGAAUUGUGCGUCCCCGCGAUGGCGUUUUUUUUUUUUUUCUUUCAAUGGCACACCCGCGUGCAUUUUGACCACCUGUUGUACAGAUGACUCGAUAUACCGCCGCCGUUACGAUCACGCGCGCACUCACUUUUGACCUGUUCAAGAAGAGAAAAAAAUCCUCAUCUUGAGACUUAGAAGUCCAUUUGUCCUUUCGUUUUCUUUUUAUUGUUCUCUUUUUCUGACGUCGAGUGCACAGCCUGAAUACGUUUGUUGAGGGCACAAGGGGAAAAAAAGAAGAGGCGCAUAUUCGUGAACAGUCUGGUUUUCUAGGCGUUCCACGUUACUGGAUUUGGUUACGUGUGCAAUCCAGAGCUUGACGCGAUAAACAAUGAAUUCUUUGUCUAGUUUGGGCGAAUCUAAAUUAAAUGUUCCAAUCACAGCUGUAAGUUCAGCGCUCUGCUUGAAAAUUAUGGGGCAUUAGAGCAUAAGCUACCGGGAAUACUCCUAAUGCUUGAGGCUGCUUGAAGCCAUGCAGGAAACUGAGCAUAGAAGAGGCCUGUUACGCAGGUACACGGGGCGCAGGGACACCGCUGAUUGUGAUCACUCGUAUGAUCGCGAUUCCCAUUAGGAGACGGCAGUUGUAGUUUCCACUCCAUGUGGAACUUUAUUUGGAGGCAAAGCUUAGUUUUCGGCUAUCGCAGCUCACGGAAAGCACCACAUUGCUUUGGUUCUAACACUCGUCCUACGAUAUAUCUUGCCUUUACCCAUAGUCAGUUACGUUACAGCUACUAGUCUUGGAGAAACACGUGCUCCACCUAUCGGGAGCAGACACAUUCGGGGUCGACUUAGCUGCGCCGUUUGAUAGACAUUCACAGGCGAAUAGCGCGCGGUAGAUGCAGUACGUAUCCGUUUUGUGAAAAUCAGUUAAGCCCGAUGUUGUCGGCCCUAAGUUCGACGCUCCUACUCCGCUUUUGAAGAAAUCGCCUUGCUUUCGAAAAAGAGAGAAAUGAAUGGAAACCAACAGCAAACAAACAAAAAAUUACUGACUCGCAAUUCAUUUCGGCCUUCUCAGGCGAAAGAAGUUGUCUGCGGACAACCUAGUUUUUAGUCGUUCCCGCCGAGUGGGGAAGUGAGGAAAAGAGGCUCGAUUUUGGGCGCCUUAGGGACCACUCUGGGAGCACAGAGAUAGAGCAUAAAGCACAGAGCACAUACAAACGAGACAGUCUAAGCCUCAUACAUUGUUUUACUCUGUCUGUUAACCUUUCCUCUUUGUUCAUCCCACUGUGAGUUGGUGUUUUCUUGGUCACCACUAGAUAAAACUACGUAUUUGUCAUUUGUAGCGUUGUCGUAUACGUUUUGCUUGCGUUGUCAAAAAGCAAAAUCAUCGCCGUUCCGCAGCAAGUCUCAGCGCCUUUGCCAGACGAACUUAUUCAGGCUUGCCAAAGACUCGUCCUAUUCGGACCCAUCGCUUCGCGUCCACCCCUUUUACUGGCAUGUCGUCCAACCUCCCUGCCCCACAGCUCAACCACAGUUUCCCGGCACAUUCUGCAUGGCAUGCAUUUUUGUCGUACUUUCGGAAAUCGAUUCCCGAGUGCGAAAAGGGUCUUCACGCAAGCAGUACCGUUGUAGAGCUGCUCUUGUUCCUUUCUUUUUCUUUUGCCUUGUUCCCUGCUUAGCCUUCACCAAGGUUGAAUUCGUUCCCCUGUCAUCUCGGAACCUCGCUGCUGACUGCUUUGUUUCAGCGAGAAACCACGCUGAAGAGCCGAAAUGGUACUGAUUACUAUUUUGUGAUCGACUGUUGGUGACGCGUGGAACGUUUCGUUCGCGCCUUCACGAUGUCGACGCUCGGCGAGACUAACGAUUCCCGAAAAGCAGACCCUUAUCAAAUCGCUUCCGCGUCGCCGCGCUCCACUUCGAUAUGCGAUGUACUGCGGAUAACAGACUUGCAGCGGACGCCGCCUUAAUGAGACGUUGUCGCGCUUGCGACUCAUAUCGUUCGUGUUUUCGCGGCUUCGGUAGUUGACUGAAGAUUCCCUUUGCGCGCGCUUUCAACGUCGCCGCAGAUUUCGUUUAGUUCGUAUCGAAAUGCCGUCGGUAAGCAGCCCUUCUGUGUACCACAUCACUAUAGUUACACCUGUUCGCUUUUCUGCGUGUCUUUUUAGGGUGCUCGCAGCGCAUGCUGGAAUGACUGCGCAAAGAAAAAAAAAGCAACCACAAGAAACAGGGUUUCUGUGUUGCUUUGUCAGUUUCUCGUGCUGCGAGAAUGGUGCUAAAGAUGACGAGGAAUAUAUAUCCUUAGGCGCGUCUAUAGAACUUCCUUCUGCUUCCAGUGUUCAGUCAGGCGAAUGUCGAUGUACAACCGUCAAUAUCAGGCGUGAAAUAGGUAUCAUUGCGUUCUCGUAAAGUGCUUAAUUACAGCGUGUAGGAUAAAGGCAAAAAUAGUGCAUUAAUUGUAUUAUUUCCAUAGUUAACGCAAUGUCUUUCUUUAUCAUGUUUAAAGAUAUUUACCAUUGUUUGCUCGACUAUUUGAUUAGUAUCGCAGAGGUCAUUCGAAUCGACUUUCCAGCACUCGCAAGUAAAUGUAGCUGUCCUUCAGUGGCGAAUUCUCGCGGACGCAGGGGUUGAGCAGGCAUAUGAAGUGAAAACACACUGGUAAUACAAUUCGUCGGCAGUAGAUCACUGUGCGUUUCAGAAAGUACUCAAUGGCUACAGCCAUUGUACGUCCGCUCGUUGCUAAGUCCUUGUGAUUCGGCAGCUUUUGCACUUAGUUUUGACAUGCUGAACGCCGCCGUCUCCCUCUACGAACGUCUGCUGUAGUAGCCGUGUUCUUGGGCACGAGGAAUGAAAAUGAGUGAACGCCAAACGCACGCUUUCCGAUUGCAACACGUGCGGUUGCACAAGCUGUCUGUGUUUUCGAAGCCGCCUUGAACGUGGUUUGAACAGGUGGAUAACGAGCUGCGACGCUGAGUGUUUCGCUUAUAUUUUUCCUUGGCUUGACAGACGAACGAACUGCCGGGUACGACAACGGCGAGAAACGAUCGAUGCUAGCAGCUUAGAAUGGCGGUGGUAGUAGAGCAUUUCAUUCAGUGCAUCCUGUAACAUCGUUAGCUGACCGCCGGUAUACGUUAGGGCUGCUUCACUCCGUGUUGUUUGUUGAGAAGCCGUGGUAUCAAAGAUAAGUUAUAAUCUGGCAUCUAAUGUAACUUAACAGUUUUCUACCGUAUUUAGGUUUCUGCUUAAAUAUAUGUUCAGCAAAAAAUGGUAUUAAACCUAAGGCACUUCUAUGUUUUUAGCGUAGCGUAGAGCUAGUCUAUGGUUGGUGGUGUUCAUGACCGUUGCUGUCGGUUCAUCGUUUUAGAACGCAGGAAAUGUCACUAGAAGUGAGUGACGUUAGCAUACCACAUCAAACAUCCACGCGUGAUGAUGCAUCGAACGAAGAUAAGAGAAACUCCGAAAGGCCCUGCACACGACCCGUGCGUCAUCCGCAAUUGGUAACACAGCUGAUGUCCAUUUAUUUCUCCGUGGAGCAUAAUGAAAUUAAUAGUGUGCGCGAGAAACCUAGUUCAUCUAGUAUUCGGCCUUUUUGAGUAAUAACGCGGCCAGCUUGAAAAGUGAAUUCGGCGAGGACACCCCUGUUUUUGUUGCGUAAUGUAAACAAAAUUAUGCGCGUAUGCAAAACUUAAAACAACAACAACAAAACACACGCACACACACACACGCAUCGCAAACGCUAGUAAAGGACAGCGCUGGUUUUAGCGCAACGACAUACAAGGCGCGGCAAAGUGGUCUGUGAAGUGCUCUACCGAAUUAAACCAUUUAUCAGUAGCGUGGACUGGCACUAAGUAAAGUGACAUUGAGUGCAUUUCUGCACCAUUCCUAAUUGGCCACACCAACAUGACGCAAUAUUUAAGAAGACUUAUGUAGUGCAUUAGCCACCAGAUACUUGUUUUCUUUGGCCUCUGUUCUUUGUUUGUGGUACACUUGUGCGCAUUUUGUCCUCGCUACGCCUUUACUUAUGCAAUAGAGCAGCGCUGGCACAAUAAGAAUGUGUCCUGUGAAAGUUACCCACGUCUUUAUUCUAGUCACUUUAUUUAUUUAUUUAUUUUAUUUAUUUAUUUAUUUAUUUAUUUAUUUAUUUAUUUAUUUAUUUAUUUAUUUAAUGUUGUGCUGCUUAAGAAUAAUUAAAAGGCUGUAAAAGAUAACCUAGAGAGCCAGCCCUCGGCAAUACGUACUGUAGCAUUAUCCCCAGCAUGCGAUUCCAUGGGUUUCUGAUUGGUUCCUUUACAGCUAGUAAGAGCCAUUGACUGUGGAUGUAGCGAGCGAACACUUAAUUAUGAGAAAUCGUUGCCCUUCUUGGUAUCAAAGAUGGUAAUUUACACGAGGUCUUUAGGAAUAGCAAAACCUGCAUUAGCGUAGUACGCCAUUGGCACAGCGCACAAAAGACCCUUCCAAAGGGAAUGCAGAAACCAUUCGGAAUUUUAGUUGUGCACUUGCGCGGUGUCGCCGACGACGUUAUCUUUUUCUUCUUAAUAUAGCCUUUGGGCGAUCCGAACGCGAUUCCCAAAUCUCUCCCUAGAGCUCUUGACGGUGCCAGUUCUCUCCGUCGUUGGUGGCGCUUCACUUGAGAUAGAGACAGAAACUUUAUUUCGACGAGUCCGAGUGAUCUUAGCGCUCACGCUCUCAGCGAGCGGCGAUGCUCACGCCUUUUUAUGCGGUUGAUGUGUGCGAUCGAGGAGUGGCCAUAGCUCCGUCCCUUCAUCUUGCUGGGUCCCCCCCCCCCCCCCCCCCCCCCCCCUGUGGUGAUGCAGGCCGGAACUUGAAGUUGUGUCUAAAUAAAAAACGCCAUCCUUCGCUCACAACUUGCGCAUCUACACCCUCCUCCAAGCAAAAGUUUCGAGAAUCGCAUCGUCGCGGCAGUCUUGCAAGAAGCGAUUCUUGUUCGUCGUUUACGGCACUGCGUCCCACAUUUUUUGUUUUCUCUUGGCUCUCCGGGCUGCGUAGCAAGAUUUAAUAACCAUUCCGACUAAAGCGAAAUUCUGAACAUAGUAUGCAAGUUAGGAGUGAUGGCUGAGUGAUGCAGGUAUAAGCAUGAAUGUUCUUUGAAGGCGGAGUGGACUUGCGUCUCGAAUGAAGGUUUGAGUAGUCUUCAGUUUCUGUGUCUUUUCGUCUCUUGAAUUUUUCCUUAUCGCUCGCUAACGAGGUUGUCAGCUUUUUUGGCGUAAGUGUGCACUCAUAGUCGUAGGUGAUUCUUACUUUUUUGCACACAUCUGUUUCCUGUACUCGUUUUUUUUUUUUCUCAUCUUUUUAAAGGAUGCACGAAUAAGAAAUAUUUUCGGAAAGUACGAAGCGUUUUAGUACUGGGGCGUACUUUUUUAAUGAUCUAUUAAAAAAAAUGUUGUUGCGCUCGCUGGCAUCUUCCUUUCUUUUUCUUUUUUUUUCUUUCUUUAAGCCUACGGCGCCCACUUAAUGUUGUCUCGUAGUUUCUCUGCGUGCUCGCUUAACCAGCAGCGUUCGCGCACGUUAUUAUUACUUUCGGCUGGCAAGUCUUGUGGCAGCGUAUUCUUCACGAUGCAACGCGUUAAGUUCUCUUUCGUACCUCGGCAGGCCACGUUCCAUUCCCUGUCGCAGAAUUGAAACGCUUUCCUGUCGGGGCUGUGCAAAUGUUUGUUUCCAUGUGCGGAUUUCUUGUUUUAUUUUUGGGAACUUGUCACUAAAGUUUCAGAGUCUAAUUUGCAUCGAGCUCCGGUUUAAUGAUUUCUCUCUCUCUCUCUUAGCCGUUCUCAUUCACCUCCUCGUGGUUCCGCAGGUCUAGCCCUCCUCUCCGGCUAGCCGGUGAGCUGUGUAUUUCUGGCGCUACACUUGGUGAGCGUCUCCUAAUGAUCGCGCCGGUAUAAUUAACGCGCCGUCGGUUCUGUCCUACUCGGGCAAUUGGCGGGUCGCUCGAGCGCGCUUUAUAGUACCAACUGUAUAGCAUAUGGCCUACCGGCCAUCCCGGCCACACCGUCUCCCGCAAACGACUUCUGCGUGCCUGGCUCAUUCCCACCACCACUACCGUUACGCUCGUAGCCUCAAGAUUUUGCGCUGUCACCUCAGUAUAAUGAACAUGUCACUUCCAUCACCGAGUCAGAAUAAAUUAAAAAAAAAGACCUUCUGCCCCCAACGAGGGGUGCGGUGCAUUCAUUGUUGGGCUCGGUUUAUCGAAAUGUCCGGAAAAUUCCCGUGGUCUGCGGGGCUUUUUCUCCCCUCGAUAGGUUUCAAAAGAUGACCAUUGUGAGCAAAUGAGGCCUGUCCGUCUCUCUCUCUCUCUCUCUCCGUUAUUUAUUUAUUCCUCUCGUUGCUUCUUUCUUUUAACUACGCUCUCACAGAGGCACCACUGGUACGGGAAGAAUGGCGCCGCCAUCAGUAAGGAGUACUCUUUUUUUGUGAUCGUCGGGUUUCGAAAGAAGCGAGCCGAAUAACGUUGGUGCAGAGUGCCGCUCGCACCUACACUGUGCUCGUGGUUUGCGUGCUUGUAAGCUUGUCUCGUUUUUUUUUAUUUUUUAUCUUCUUCUUAUUCGAACAACCCUCGACGCAGUGUGGGUUUUACAUUUAAAUGGUCUACGCGGCCCUGCCUUUCGGCAAAGAGGGAUGACACCGCUGUGGCUGCUUGAACUGUCAAAUGCACCAAGGCUGCACAAAAGAGCCGUAAGGUCGUCUUUGUCUCAUACUUCCUUCGUUUAAUUUGGCCACUUCGCGGUAGUUGGAAGAAAUGAAUUUGAGAAGUCAUUUCGCAGCUUGGGCAGAGCUCCGUAUGAGAUUUUCCUUUUUUCUUUAAUGCAUUUUUUCCUUGUAUUUUAGUGAAACAGACGCGUUAAUGCUGCUACGCGCAUGUGACUGACAGUGUCUGAAAGCAGUUAGAAUACUGUGGUGUUUGUGCAUUAUCUUGCGAGCAAAAGUGAACCGAGAUUGGGCGGAUUUUGAUGUCAGGUGAUGCAUGAUAAAGCGCCUUAGCCUGCGCCUCGCGUUUUCGAUUUCACUUGGGUAUAAAAAAAACCAAAAAGUAAUAAUCUGAAUCUUCCUGUGUUGAAUAUAUUUACCCUAUAAGCGUGAACGAUGCUUAAAUCUCAAACUGCAGGGUUACUUCUAAUCGUGACUCCACGGGACUGUGUUAGGUACGCGCUAAAAUGUAUUGACAAAUACAUUUGCCGUGCUGUUAUUCUGCUGGUACCUCAGGUUUGUUACGUAACCUUGGGGAUUUGUGACACGUGAAAUCCACCGUGCACUGCUACUUGUGUGAAAUUUAUACUCGGGACGUGUAUGUACGCACACCUGUUGAAUUUGCAAUGUGCGGAAAAUUCAUUCGCUUAUGCUAUGAUUAUUUUGUCACACAUUUGUUGAAAUGGUCAAUUCUGAGAUAUUGCAUUUGCGAUUGAGUUCUUUGUUUCAGCGGGCUUCCGCACCUUUUAUCCUGUACAUAUGUUAAUAUACGUAACACUGCUUUAGUGCGAUUUCGUUAGCUUCAGUGUAGGACAAAAGUGCAUCGUAUUGCCUACGUGUAGCUGGAUUGAGUCGAAACGAAAAUGUUUCCUAGCGAGUACUUUACAUCAUUGUAAAUGUUGAAACUGGGUACAGGUUGUUUGUUGAAACGCGCUGACAGUAAAUAAACACUGACGUAUGCUGCAGCAGAGCGCAUAACCAAUUCCAGCAGACGCUGUCAUUGUGAUAUCGUUGCAUCUAGGCACAUCUAAUGACGUAGUUCUUGCUAAAACCUUUGUUUAGCCCUGUCGCUGCACGUUUGUGAUGAACUUUAAGGCACGUGUGAUUGUCCUGAAAUGGUGUGUUUUGAAGAUUGCGCGAGUGUGAAAUGAUUUUCGUUAUGAUGACGCCCGCAUGAAAUUGUGGAUGUCCUGUUCGAGGAUUGGUUUUUGAUACCAAAAAAAGUGCUAAUUUGAAGAAAAAAAUUCAAAUGUACUUUUUUUGUUUCCGUAUUACCAUUUGCGAGGAACAUGUUUGCUAAUCUUUAGGCCCUUUACUAUUCAUUUUCUGACUGAAACACAGGCAAUACGAACAGACCAAACAGGAGCGGAAAUGAAAUGUGGGGCGACUUUAACUGCACUGUACUUCUUGGUGUAGCAGUUCCACUUUGUUUUGUGAAACAAGAAGAAACAAAAAAAGAUACCUUUGUGCACGGGAGUCGCUUCAUGUUUGUUUGUCCCGGUUGAAGCACACAUAUAUAUUCACCUACGCAGUCGUAUUUGUGACCAGACCCAUGCUUACAGGAAAGUGCGCUGCUAAGCAGAUCCUUGGCCCUCAGAUUUUCAGCCUAUGUACAUUGCUCUUUUGAACCGCAUGAAAUACAGGAAUACUUUUCCACGGCAAA